AUGGGAGAAGGUAAAGAGAUGACGAAUGGUGGUGGUGGAAAGAAAAUGGUAGUGACGGUGGUGGUAAAAGAAGAUGGCGAUAAUGAUGGAAGCAUGAUAGUGGCGAUCAGUGAAACAAUCAGUGACGACGGUGAUAGAAAUGUUACAAAUACUACUCAUCCGCGUGAUCCGGCGUCUCGGGCAUCCUCUGUUUGCUCUGAUGCUGAACCUGACUCCUCGGAUACUGAUUCGUCGGGGUCUGACGAGGAGGAGGGAGAGAUUCUGGAGUAUGUAAAGGACCCAAGCUUCAAAAUGAAGAAUCGACAUUCGGGGUUUAACAAGUUUAGUCACCGCAACGGUUUCAAGAAAUGGAUUCGUAAAAAUAAACCAUUAUUCGGAGGUAUUAUAGAGACCAGAGUCAAGCAACCUAAGAUUGGGAAACUUGUAGCUUCGGUGCUCCCUGGCUGGUCUUAUGCGGAUAACUACUCUUUCUCGGAGCUUGGGAAGAUCUGGAUUUUAUGGCACUCAAGUGUGAAGGUUGUGGUUCUUGCAAAAUCUCUGCAACAGAUCACUUGUGAGGUCCAUCUCCCAGACCUGCCCGAACCUCUUAUUGUCACUAUUAUCUAUGCAGCAAAUAGUUCCUCUCUUAGGGUUGUGCUCUGGGCUGAAAUUGAAUUGCUCGCUGUGUCUCCUUUGAUUGAGGGUAAGCCGUGGUCUGUUUUAGGGGAUUUCAACCAGACGCUGUCACCACAGGAACACUCCGCCCCGAGGUCCCUCAACAUCGACAAGCACAUGCGUCUUCUUAGCCAAUGCUUAAUUCACUCCGACUUGGAAGAUCUUCAUUUCAGAGGUGAGGUUUUCACUUGGUGGAACAAAAGGAAGACAUCCCCGAUUGCUAAAAAGCUUGAUAGAAUUUUGGUGAAUGAUCUUUGGUAUGAGUCUUUUUCGGACUCCUUGGCUCACUUUGAUAACCCAGACUUCUCUGAUCAUGCUUGCUCAACCAUCUCUCUCAAGCCGAACCUGCUGAGAAAGAAAAAGCCUUUCAAGUUUUAUAAUUUCUUGCUUCAAAACCCGGAUUUCGUUCCCUCUAUGACAGAGAUGUGGUACUCUUUUAAUGUUAGAGGCUCUGCAAUGUUUAUUCUGUCUGAAAAGCUUAGACUGCUGAAAAAGUUUAUCAGAGACUUCAGUAAGGCAAAUUACUCAGAGCUGGAAAAAAGGGUCAGUGAGGCUCAUGCUCGGCUUCUGCUCAGGCAAGCUGCAACCCUACACGACCCUUCACCUUCUAAUGCUGUUUUGGAACUCGAUGCACAGUUAAAGUGGCAGGACUUGGCAGCGGCCGAGGCGUCUUUCCUCCUACAGCGAUCAAGAAUUUUAUGGCUGGGCAAUGGUGAUGCCCCUACGUCUUAUUAUCAUCGUAUGGUCAAUGCUCGUAAAGCUAUUAAUCACAUCCACUUCCUCACUGAUGAUAAUGGCGUCAGAUAUGAGAAUCAUUCGGAGAUUGAGAAUCAUUGUGUGGAUUACUUCUCGAAUAUUAUGGGUAGCGACAUUGAUCAGCGAAUGUUUCAGCAAGAUGACUUGAACCUCCUAUUUGACUUUCGCUGCUCUCCAGAGGAUCGACUUAGCUUUACAGUUGAGUUCUCCACUCAGGAAAUCAAGGAUGUCUUCUUCUCUCUCCCUAGAAAUAAAACCAGUGGCCCGGAUGGCUACUCAGCCGAGUUCUUCACCGCCUGUUGGCAAGUCAUUGGCCCGGAGGUCACUGCUGCUGUGAGGGAAUUUUUUAGAUCAGGGCAGAUGCUUAGACAAUGGAAUGCAACUACCUUAAUUCUCAUUCCAAAGGUGAACAACGCAUCUUCGGCCACUGAAUUUCGUCCUAUCUCUUGUCUGAAUACCGUCUAUAAAGUCAUCUCGAAAUUGAUCUCCAUCAGACUUAUGGCCGUUCUCCCUAGAGUGAUCUCUCAGGCUCAAUCAGCUUUCAUGCCUUCACGUCUGCUGGCUGAGAAUGUUCUUCUGGCUACAGACUUGGUUAAAGGGUAUAGUAAUUCGAAUUCUGAGCCAAAAGCCAUGCUAAAAGUGGAUCUUAAAAAGGCUUUUGACUCAGUAAGGUGGGAUUUUAUUAUUGGCAUCCUCAGAGCCUUAUCAAUUCCGGAAACGUUCAUCAACUGGAUUUACCAAUCUAUCUCGACGGCUACGUUUUCGGUCUCCAUCAAUGGCCUCUCUCGACUACUCUACUCAAGGUAUGAAUCUGGCUCAAUUGGUUACCACCCUAGAACUUCUGAAGUCAAAAUCUCGCACUUGAUGUUUGCCGAUGAUGUUAUGGUGCUUUUCGAUGGCAAAGCGGAUUCACUUCAUGGUAUUACGGAAUGUCUCUCUGAUUUUGCCUCCUGGUCCGGCCUCUCCAUGAAUAUUAGCAAAACAGAGUUGUAUCACUCGGGUCUAACAGUUGCUGAAACAAAUGAUAUCUCGGCGUAUGGAUUCACUGCUGGGUCUCUUCCGGUUAGAUAUUUGGGGCUUCCCCUCAUGAGCAGGAAACUCCGUAUUGCAGAGUAUGAACCGCUAAUCAAUAAACUCCUUGCUCGCUUCCGGUCAUGGUCUGUUAAAGCUCUAUCUUUCGCUGGAAGGCUGCAAUUAAUUGCCACUGUCAUCUAUGGAACGGUCAAUUUCUGGAUGUCGGUUUUCAUCCUUCCUAAGGGUUGUAUCAAAAGGAUUGAGUCGCUCUGCUCCAGAUUCCUGUAG